GUGAGAAAACGCACCCGACCACAAGCUCCACCACCAGACAACCUCCCGCAAAGACCACCGUCUCGACAAAUAAAAGCACAAUGGCCAAUCCACGCAUCGAGGAAAUCGUCGACGAGCCGGAGAAGAAGGCCGCCGAGGUCGAGGAUGCUGAGUCCAGCUCCGAAUCCGAGGCGGAGGGUGGUGAGGCGACCAUCCCCGCCGGCUCCUCCGUCGCUGUUCACUCCCGCAACGAGAAGAAGGCUCGCAAGGCCAUUGCCAAGCUUGGAUUGAAGCACGUUGAAGGCAUCACAAGGGUCACCCUUCGCCGACCGAAGAACAUCCUCUUCGUCAUCAACAACCCCGAUGUCUACAAGUCGCCCUCAAGCAACACCUACAUCAUCUUCGGCGAGGCCAAGAUUGAGGACUUGAACUCCCAGGCCCAAGCCUCCGCUGCUCAACAGCUCGCGGCCGCCGAAGCUGCCGCCCACGAGCACGCUGGUCAUGACCACGACCAUGGCCACGGUAAGGGCAAGGCUGAGGAAAAGAAGGAAGAGGAGGAGGACGAGGGCGAGGAGGUUGAUGACAGCGGUCUUGAGGCCAAGGACAUUGAGCUCGUCAUGCAGCAGGCCAACGUGUCCCGGAAGAAGGCGGUCAAAGCACUGAAGGAGAACGACAACGAUAUCGUGAACUCCAUCAUGGCGCUCAGCUUAUAGUUCAACGUCUCGUGAGCGAUGACGGGACAACUAGGAGCACGGCUCGCUACAUUUCUUCCAACUCUGUAUAAAAGGAUAUAAUACAGAAUUCCAUGGAGAAAAGCGAUCAUUGUGACGUAUCGCUCUGUGGUCUGUAUCCAGCGGACCAAUGGAUAAAAUUAGUCAAACUCAAGGACUUGUGAUUGC